AUGAGCUCCCAAAGAGAGGACUCGAUCCCUCACGAGCUGCGUACAGCUGCAGAGCCCCGACAGAACAGACUAUAUACCGUACAGAUAUGGCAUAUCGAGCAGGUGAACCCUACCGUCCGACUGCUCCGACUGGCGUUCCCUUCGGAGACACAGACCAAACCGGAAGAAACAGAAGAACCCUUCACCUUCCUCCCCGGUCAAUGGCUCGACGUCCACAUCCCUUCCAUUCCGCAAGCUGGCGGGUUCACCAUCACCUCCACACCCGCCGAUGCCCAGGUUCUCCCCUCGCCAGGACUCCCCACCGACCCAACCUGUGAAGAAGAACCUGAUCCCCCCCCGAUCAACCCCCAAGGCCGACCACCGUACGUGGAACUCGCCGUCCAGCAUUCGCCGGCGAGUGCCCCCGCCGCAUGGCUGUGGCGGGCCCGGGAAGCGAUUCUCGGCAAACACCUCAGCGUCCGGGUUGGGGGGAGCUUUGUCUGGCCGCCCACUGGUCUUGAUCCAAACGAAAUCACGAAUGUGGUCUUUGUUGCUGGGGGGGUUGGCAUCAACCCCCUGAUAUCCAUCCUCUCCCAUCUAAACAAUACUAGCACUGCCCAUCGAGACAUCCACUUCCUUUACUCGAGCCGUCUCGGCCCCUCCACGUCGCUAGACCAGCUGCUCUUCCUCCCUCGGCUCCGUGCAAUCGUCGCUUCCCAGCGUGAAUCGCACCGUCUCCAUAUCUCGCUCGAACUGUUUCUUACUGACACCCCGGCGGGUUCUCUUCCAGCGUCAUCCCCUUCAUCUGAUCUGACCAUCCACCAUCGCCGCGUGAGUGAGGCAGAUCUCCGCAGGGUGGUGAGUAGAGAGGGAAGCGUCCGGGCCAUGGAUACAGUCUGUUAUGUCUGUGGACCACCGGCCAUGACGGACGGUUGCGUAGCUUCGCUUGAACAGUGGCUUGAUGAGAGGCGCGUCAUUUGUGAAAAGUGGUGGUAG